CGGGGCCGCGCCCCCUUCGGCCGAGCACCCUGCACCCCGGAGCGGCGACUCCGGGGGGCGACGGGCGGGCGGGGACGGGGGAGCGGUCCCCGCGGGGGGCCGGGCAGCGGAGGUGGGAUCUGCUCCGCGUAAUCCCCCAUGGGGGGCGGCGGGCCGCGCUCGGAGCAUCCCCCCUUCCCCAGCGCGGGGGAGGCGGCGGGGGAGCCGCCACCCCCCGCUUCCUCCGUUUAAGACCCGGGCUGGCGGGGCGAGCUGAGGAGAGCGGUCGCUCCGCAGCUGCCGGCCCCACUUCCGCGGCGGGGCGCGCAGCGCACGGGGCGGGCGCUGGAUGCGGGGGGAGGCGGGCGGCAGCCGAGCGGGUCCCCGCGCAGCGGCGCGGAGCGCGGCGCGAUGAGCGCGGGCAGCAGCGGCGCCGCCACCGCGGCGGGCACCGCCACCUCCGCCCUCUGCCUGCUCCUCUCCCUCACCGCCGUGGCCGUCUGCCUGCUGCUGGGCGCCAAGACGGCGGAGCUGCAGGGCCGGCUGGCCGCGCUGGAGGAGCGGGGCGCCGCCGGCCCCGGGCCGCUGCUGGACGCGCUGCAGCCCCGCGUGGAGCAGCUCUUCCGCGAGAAACUGGGUGAAGGACUAGCAAAGCUGCGGACGGCAAGAGAGGCUCCCUCAGACUGCAUGUGCCCCCCAGGCCCUCCAGGGAGGCGGGGGAAGCCCGGCCGGCGCGGAGAACCCGGACCUGCAGGGCAGUCAGGACGUGAUGGUUACCCGGGCCCUCUUGGUUUGGAUGGCAAACCAGGACCUCCAGGACCAAAAGGGGAAAAGGGUGAAGCAGGGGACAUCGGCCCGAGGAUGGUUUUUCCCCGGCUCAAUCACGGAUUUCUGGCUAAUGAUCAGCUUGUCUUUAGCCGACGAGUGCUCAAGGGUGACCAAGGUCGAGAUGGAGCCACUGGCCCCCCUGGUCCACCAGGACCCCCAGGUGCCCGGGGGCCUCCCGGUGACACGGGAAAAGAUGGCCCAAGAGGACCUUCGGGCCCCCCUGGUUUCAAAGGCGAGCCAGGAGAGGAUGGCCUCAUGGGUGCCAGGGGACCUCCAGGACCAAAGGGUGAGCCCGGCAUCCAAGGGAAAAAGGGUGAUGAUGGGAUCCCUGGGGAACCAGGACUUAUGGGCCCUAAGGGAGAAAAGGGAAGCACAGGUCCCAGCGGGGAGAACGGCACAGAUGGAUCACCAGGACCCAAGGGUGAGCCUGGUGAGAAGGGAGGAAUCGGCUCCAUCGGACCCCGGGGUCCUCCUGGCCUGAAAGGGGAACAGGGUGACACCGUAGUGAUUGACUAUGAUGGCCGAAUCCUGGAUGCACUCAAGGCUGCAGGGAUACACAAAGUGAUGGGUUCACCAGGUCCCCCGGGGCCACCAGGCCCCCAGGGCGCUCCAGGUCCCAAGGGAGAGCUGGGCUUGCCAGGUCCGCCUGGACUGGACGGUGAAAAGGGUCCCAAAGGAGCGAAGGGUGACCAGGGCAGCGCGGGCAUCACAGGACAGAAAGGAGAGACAGGAGAAAUGGGCUUGUCGGGUCCACCGGGAGCAGAAGGGCCAAAAGGAGACAAAGGAGAAAAAGGAGACACCGGAUCACCGUGUUUGCAGAAUAAUCACAUCAUACCCGAGCCUGGACCCCCCGGAUUACCCGGCCCUAUGGGUCCUCCAGGAAUCCAGGGGCCUAAAGGCUUGGACGGUGCAAAGGGAGAAAAAGGUGACAGCGGUGAGAAGGGCGACCACGGUGACACUGGACCUGCUGGUCUCCCGGGCGCUCCAGGGCUCAUCGGUUUACCCGGUACCAAAGGAGAGAAGGGAAAGCCAGGGGAGCCAGGAUUGGAUGGCUUCCCAGGUCUCAGAGGAGAGAAAGGAGAGAGAAGUGAAAGAGGGGAGAAGGGAGAGCGAGGAAUACCGGGGCGAAAAGGAGCCAAAGGGCAGAAGGGGGAACCGGGUCCUCCCGGACUGGAUCAGCCUUGUCCCGUGGGAGGUCGUACUAUUGCAGGCAGCCAAGGGGACGCAGGUUUGCCAGGCCUGGCCGGGGGACCGGACGGACUGCCAGUAGCAGGAUGUUGGCAUAAGGUACAGUAAUAAUGAUAAUUGUAUAUCCUGGAGCGGGUCCUGAGUAAUUUGUUUUGCUGCAUGGUGAUUGUUUGUACUGACCACUUCAUUUAAGCAACAGGUUCUAUUCCUGGCAGCCCCAAGGCCAAGCCUUGGGAGAGCAGGACUCAAUCUGGCUUUGUCUCUUGUUCCCCACGGCUGUCAGCUGGUGCUAGCAACACCGCUCCAAAAAACUUGUUAAGCAUGAAAAAUCACUCGCAUUAAUACUGUCGAUAGCAAUGCCUUUUCUUCAGGCUUGCUCAGACUGGGCUUCUGUUCUGGCCCAGGCAGUUCAGGAACCCCGCGUGCAAAGAUUGCUCCACUAUGCAAAAUGUGCUGGUGUGACUUGGCCCAUCCCCUCCAGCUGAGACUUUUACACUACGAUGCCUCUUUGUCGCAGAGUUACAAAACACUUGUUUCCAAAGACUCCUCUGCCAUUCUGAUUAUAAUCCACAACCACUAUGCUGCUCCAAUCAGUAAAUCAGGGUGCAGGUGGUCAGGUAAUUUGGGGUAAUUUGUACCAUCUCAGCACCCAGAACAGCCAGGGGUUGUAAGUGCUAAAGGCAGCCCAGGAGAAUGAGGGGAAAUGUCCCCCCUACAAUGAGGAUUUGAUCCAGACGUGUAGGAGGAUGCUCAAACCUCAUUCUCCAACGCGGUUAUGACACUGAAGCUGAGUGGAAAUAUUAAUCCGGUUUCAAACACGUGGUAUGUGAACACAGUCUAACAGCAAGCGUGUUACUAACUGGUUGCAAACCCUCAGAAUGUGAGCACGCCCUUAGCAUAUAAAAGUUUUUAAUUCUGUGGUAAGUUACUUGAAUGUGCUGUUAAUAUUAAAAGCAAUCUGAAUGCCAAUCCUUAUAAUAUUAACAAGAAUAGUAAAUGUAAGGAAGGGAGCAUUUCUCUUUGAUUAAAAUGUUUGUCUGUGUGUUCUUUUUCAGUGAUCUCUAAGCAUGGAGCACAAUGUGUAAAUAAUGUGAUAUAUUUUGAUCUUUUUAAUUUUUGUAUAAAAAAAGGGAAAAAACCCUUUCAACAGUAAUAUAUUGACCUUUUUUUAUACUGGAUUCUGUCAUUUAUGGACUCUGAAAAUAUUGUAAAGCUCCGAAACCCAUAAGAUGCACGUGAUAACAUCAGGAUUUGGUGAAGGUGCCAAUGACGGUAGCUGGGAAUGAACAGCAUUCACGGCUGAUGUUGCUGCAUGAACUAACAGUACUGAGACUGCUGCCUCGUGUGCCUUAUCGCAUGAAGGAGGGAGAAAUCCCUGCCCUCUCAACUCUGUAUUUGCACUGCACAUGCACAUUAAAAGGGUGAAAAAAACUGGCUGAAGACAAAGAAGAAAAGGAUGCAGCCCUAGAAUUGAAAAAAGCUGCUGUGUUCCCUUGGGUCAAACAAGAGAAGGACUUGCGACGCGCAGAGGAAACGAAGCCAAGCUCCAUUCAUUGCUGCCUGCUGUUGAUACGACGGAAACAGCAAAUCUUUGGCUAAACAGAACAACCUUGACUACCUGUGGGUGUUCCACUACUAUCAAGGCAAACCAUUUUAUCUCAAGAGGGUCCUGCUCUGAGGUCUGUGGCCGAAGGUGUGCAAAGCGCUUCCUUGCUGUGGAACCCAAAUUCCCCAAGAAAACAUCCACUGCAAAAUUUCAAAAAACAAAAACCUAGUCAGAUUUUCAGCGCAGAGAGUUGCAGGCUGAAAUAUCUUUUUAAACAAGAGAGCACAUCAUGUUGCUGUUUGGGUUCCCAAAACUUGGGAGUUUGGAGUAUUUAAUUGUCUUGGUUUGUGGAGUUCAUUGGUGUUUGAUUUUUCUUGGUUUACAUUGUUUCAGUUGUAAACUCUGUAACUCUGCACACUCAUCUUGUCCUGUUUGUCUCCCCUUUUUGGUCUCUUUCUUUUAAUUAUCUCAUAUCAGGCACAUCCCAUGCAGAGCAGGGUAAUGAAUAAAGGGAGGAUUACAGUUUCGGUAUCGGCAUAUGGCAUUAAGUGAGCUCAAUUAAAAAUUUGCAAACUAUUCCAUUGUUCACAUUUUUAAAGAUGUUGGAAAAAACAGAUUGUGCAGUAGAAAGCCAUAAAAAUUAUUUCGGGGAGGAAAAGAAUGGCUUACAGCCGAGUCUGGUCAGCUUACAAUGAAGAGGCGAUCAGAUUCCAUUAUAGGGAGGAGAUACUUUAUGUUAACAAGUUCCUAAAUUGAACAGAGAAAAAUGUACAAAUAUCCAUCCAAUGUGUGGAAACUGAAGCUACACAAAAUCAAAUAAACUAAGCCAUGGAUUUUUAAUGGUGAGACUGGUUAAUCCUAACCAGACCAGUGAUGUAAUCCCCAUCACUUUAAUGCCUUUUUGAUAUAACAGAUAAUUUCUUGAGGAAAUACUUUAGUCCAAUAGAAGCUGCUAGGCUCUGUGAGGAGUCUUAGGUGAAAUUAGGAGCAUGACGGUGCUAUGAAACCAGAUGACGGAAAGGCUCUUUGUGGCCUUGACCUUGUAUUACAGAAGGGAGGCGGUUUUGGUGCAUUGGGGAGGUCUGAACCCUCUGUUAGAUCCUUGUUCCACUGCAUUUCUUAUAGCAGCUACUGCCAGAGAGGACUUGAGAGAGGAAUGAGACCGUCCAGGGGGAAAAUCUACCCUGUAGAUGCUGACCUAGCGCUUGGGGGGUUCUUGCUCCGAUAUUCUGAAGAACAGCAGGAACAUGCUCGGUGCUCCACGCAGGUUGGGUGACAUUUGACUGAUGUCUGAGUUGUUAUCUGUGACUGAGUCCUAUGUGUCCUUGAGGUUUAUUCUUCUAGUCAGCUGGGAGCAUUUGUUAUUUGCUGGUAAAUGCUGAAACGGCCAUGGAGCUUGGGCUGUAGGGCCAUAUGGACACAGAAGACUGAUGGCUGUAGGUAGUCAACUUCUGUUACGCUUGUUAGCUGCUGAGGGUCUGCACCUGCACACUGCUUGCUUUCUGGUUGUACUUAGCAUCUUUACCGGUUACUGACCAUUUUCUUGGUCACCAUAUAGAUUAAAUCUGUGUAAAUUCAGAUCAACUAACGAAUCAAGAAACAAGAACUGUGUAACUCAAAACAGCAAUGAAAAUGCAUUUUUAUUUACUUCCAUUUCAUGUUGUUAGCUAUCACUUUUGACGUAGGGGUUUUUAAAGGCAUAAGGAGCCUCCAAAGCUCCCACUGGCUUUUAGUGCUCUUGAAAAACCCCUGUACUGUCCCAAAUUAAAGCUAAAAAUCAUCUUCUGUGGAAGGUUGAAGGCAAAUCUCUCAUUGAUGUCACCGGGAAGAAGAUCUGUAAUUGUUCCCUUAAUGUACAGUUGUUCUUCCCAUCUCCCCCAGUCAUCUCAAACUAAAAGCAAUUCACUACUCCAAACCACACUGUGGGCUUCUACAAAUUCCUGCACGUGUCCUGUUCAUGGAACCUCUAUCGAUAUCAAUGAGAGUUCAGUCCCCAGAAUGACUGCAGAAAGCACAAGAAUCUGGAAGUGUCCACAAACAAUCUACAAUGCAGAUAGAAAAGUCUUGUUUUACAUACGCUGGCAAAAACUAAACAGCUUUCUAUCUAGCUCCUACUCGAAGAAGUUUGAUAUCACUGAAGCUACAAGACAAGCUAACCUCCAAAGCUUAUGAAAUUAUAUUAAAAUUUAUAUUUUCUCUGAGGAAAUACCCCGAAGUCCUAUUAUCUUCAGGUAAACAAGUCAGUAUUCCGUCUUCAACUUGUGGAAUAUCCAGUGCUUGUAGGCAUCAACUGUGACCACUGCCAGGCCUGCAAAACAUUGAUACAGAAUACCAGAAGAGUGCUUUACCCGUUGCUCUAACCACUCCGCAUGGCAGCCGUCCCCCUCCCAACACAGCCUCUGCGGCCACAGAACCCAAGACAUUUGCUUGUACCAGAGGAGCAGAGCUCAUUCGGAAUCAACUAAGCCUCCUAAGUGUGGAUUUCCUCCCCAUCCCCGACGCGCAGCCUGAGCACACUCGGUAUUUCCAUGCCGGUCGAGGAGGAAGGCUGCAAUCAUCUUCCUAGCACAGAACCGUGGCUGGUAUCCGCCCCAUCGGCGCUACCGCCUCGCUGCCAAACCUUUCAGUGAUCGAUCAUCUUUGAGAAUUCCCGGGCACAUGCUGUCUCUGCAUUGGUUUGUUCUGCAUCCCAAAUGCAGCGAAUCCAGCACAUAACAGCAGAUCCAUCUGUGCACCUGCAGCAAGUCUGGUCUGUUCAGGACACUUGAUCUCCUGCACAGACCAGCACAGCCCGGGUGCAGCAGCUUCUCCGCACUCCUGCCGCUCCCGUUUCCAUUAGAAAUGCAGGCGGGUACGGAUCCUACUAUAUACAGCACCUACUGCCACUUGGUCUACGAGGAACUAACCAGGAGAUCUCCAAGGAUCUGCUGGUGGUUCCUCUACUCUCCCAGCCCCUCCUGAUGCAGGCAGAGCUGGGAUGGGCGCUGGGAUGGGCGCUGGGAUUGGCGCUCAAGGUGCUUCCCGGUUCCCAGCUCAGUUCAGUGCGCCUGGCCUUUGUAUUCUGAAUUCAGCAUUCCUUAUCGAUCGUAUCAUGCAGAUCCACAGACUGCAUUAGAGGAUCUGUUGAUUUUUGUAUUGACUACACAGAGUCUAAGAGGAAAUCUGCUUAGACUUCCAUGUGCUUUCCACACACACAUAUUUAGAAGAGUGGGUUGACAAAUGAUAAAUUGUUUCAGAGCAGCCAUGAUCCUAUUGGGAAGAGUUAAAAAAAAGGAUGUGCUUUGCUUAGCAAAUGCAUUCCAGAUCAGUUGAUUAUUUUCUCCUUCCAUAUGAAAAUGUUUAUGUGGGUCUUUUUGAAUACUUUGAGCUUGCAAAAUAGCUCACAAAGUUGAAUUUGACUUUUAGGUAGUACUGGCAGUCUUGCUCAAAACUCAGUCAUUAUGUCAGCCUCUCACCAAGCAUAGUGCAUUUUUUUCUCUCCAGGAAACCUAUUUAGGUUUUAUUUUGUCUUUUUUUGUUGUUGUUGUUUUCCCCUCUGGUUUAAGAGAAAGUUUGUUUUACAGGAAUUCAGAAAUGCAGCUAAAUGUUACCACGAGAUGUCAGUAGCAAUAAAGGUGAUUGACAGGGAGGCUGCUAAUGCUUAUGAAAUGUAGGUUAAUGUGAGACUGAGCAACUGUUUAUCUUGAUCACUAAAAUCUUCAGUAUGUUAGCUUCAUGGGUUCACCAAUAGACGUUUUGGGUAACACACUUCAGCUUACUGGUCUUGGGGGAAUCCAAAGCACAGCUAAAUUUAUCUUUGUUUUCUACUUCCCAAAACAAAAUUAUUAGUCUAAUUUAACUGACCAUGAAAGCAUGGUGAUUUCCAUUAUAACCACAUCUGCCUGCUGUCCAGGAGCAAAGGACAAGCAGCUUUCUUUAAAGCUUGUUUUAUUUGAAAUAGUAGCGAACGACCAUCUUCCCAGUUAUAACCAACAUCCUAACAUGCUGUAACCAAAUCAGUUUUGGAAGCAAAGCUCCCAAACUGAGUCCUAAGAGCCCAAGAACUCACUUGAAACCCCUCGAAGGUUUUCCAGCCCCCAAGCCCUGCAGGGAGGACACAGCAAAUCCAUUUGGUGACCGUGGCCAGAGCUGCUGCCCAUGGUGUUGUGGUUGUGUGUGUCCUUGUCCUGGCCCCUGGCAUUCAGGACCCGGCUGUCGGGAUGGGGAGCGCUCCCUAAAGCUUGGGGGGAGAAUGGAUUGUGUGGGAAAGGAACACGGCCAAAUAAACCGUGUUUCUCUAACUCCAGUUUGGUCCUGAAAGCAACUCGAGAGGCCCCGUGCCAGAGCCUGAACCUGAUGAUUUGGCCUGUGCUGAUGAGGGCAGGGGAGAUUAAUUAGAGUUUUGUGGCUGACUUGUGGGCUUGGACAGUGAGUUUGGGAGUAUUUCUCUGGGUUAUGAAACAGAUGGCAGAGAAAACCCUGUCUGAUUCCAAACUGAAACUUUCUAAGCCCUAAUACAGGGGGGGUUUAGUUUUUGGGUUUAAAAAAAAUAAUAAUAAUCAAGACAUUGCCACAUGCUUUGUUUUAUUCUCAUGGGGGGAGCCGCCUUUCUUGUGUACACUGCUUCUAACACUUGCUGUAUAUGAAUUUAUUUCCAUAUGGAUUUUUCUCCUGUGUAUUUAAAAAUAAGAAUGUUUCUUCUAACAAUAAGAGACUUUCUGAUGUGUUUUCUUUUUAGAAAACCAACAGAUUUAGGUGAGCUUUUGUCUUCUGUAAUUUCAUAAAGUCACCAUUUGAAAUCCUUAAGCAAACGAGCAAAACACGUGUGAGGUUUCCACAGUCCAAUACAUCCUCCGCAAUGAUGAAAAAGGAGAUGCAACGGAGAAUGACACGUCAGGUUUUGAGAUUGUUAUGAAGCAUAUUUGUGAUGACCAAGGCUUUUCAUGCCAGCAAGUCUGUUUUCUAGUGUGGCUACUUUCUCCUUUUCCCCCACAUACAAGCUCAGUGUCCCGUUCCAGCCGCUGUCACCGUGCACAACCGUGCCGAGCGGGGUGACACCAGCCAAGAGCUCAGGCUGCGCCCUCGCUGUCUUGCCAGCCCACAGCUCAGAAGGAAGCUCCGCAUUUUUAUCUAUAACACAUGGUUUUGCAAUCAGCCAAAUAUAGCAGACUUUUGGCCCAGAACGUAAGAACUCGCCCAUUUGUAAUGCAUAGCCUAAUUAAAAUAUUAAGAUGCCAGAAAUUGCCAGCUUUAUCGUAAUGGUAAAUAACCAUCCUUGGUCAAUAUAACUUGUUAGCCUGUAAAUUCGGUGUGCAUUAUAAAGUAUUCCAGCUUAGGAUUCCUGCUCAUUGAAUACUGAUUUACUGCUGCCCUCUAGAGGAGACGAUGUUUUUAAUGGAGAGAAACACAUGUUCUGCCAGGACAAAUUUUGUACCAUGACACUGUCCCUUAAUUGACAGCACACAUUGGGAUGGGUACAUGACUGUUUUGCAUAACUAUAUGGCUUGAAUAGAUAUUUGUAAAACGGGAGCAAAUAGAUAGAAACUUCAAUCUUUUUUGCAAAUCUGGUAGUUCUUUUUUGGGAAAUACCAUCAUAUCCUCACUUCCUUCUCACUUUUAUUUUUUUAGUCCCAACGUUGCCCAGACAAAUUUAAAGUGUUAUACGCUUAAAAUCAAUCUGUAGUAGGUUGCCAUUCAAAUUUCCAUUUUAAAAUUCUAGAGUGGAAGCUUUUGGAAGCUUUGAAUUAUUUUUCUUUACAAGCAACAGAUUUAUAUAUAAGACACGCAAAAAUAUUAUUAACAACAAAUGAUAAAAAAGGGAAAAAUUUUACAAGUGUCCCCAAACCACUUAUCCUGGGUAAAUACUGUAGGUAUCAAUCCAAAUGCAGGCCAGUGAAUCUAGUGCCAGUUUGCCCCAGUAUAACUAGUAGAGUUAGUCCCAGUGUCCUCAGUAGGUGUCCGAGGGUGGAUGGAAUAAAACCUCCAUACUGCUUUACCUCAUUAAAAGCCCCCAAGUUUUAGGUGGCAAGUAUCUGCUGACAUGCUUAACAGCACAGCCAGCCUGCCAGGGCUAUAACCGGGAAGGUCUGUCAAUGAGAGAUGAAGUAUUUUAAUAGAUUUCAAGAGACCAAAGCCACUUGAGCUUGCCAAGGUCAUCACUGUGGCAUAUACUGACCUUGGCAACCUCACAGGACAGUGUUUAUGUAAGAAUGCUUCUUGGACCAUCCUGCGAUACUGAUUUUAAACCGAACAAAGAAAGGUGUGGGGGGGAAGAAGACAUCUGCUCCCUCUAGUUAGUCCAGUCUCAUUGGAGUGACCUUUUAAUUGUGUUGCUGGCACUGCAGUGAACCCGACUGUAAUUAGUACAGUUUGAAAUACUUCACAGCUCUGCUUUGGGGAAUCUAUUGCAGACUGAAUCAAACCAGUGAGUAAAAUUCCAUUUCCUAAACAUCGUUUUCCUUGAUUAUCAUUUACAUUUGUAAGCUAAAAAAUGACUUCUAGUAUUUUCAUGUCCCCAGGUGAACCCGAAACUUUCCCAUACACUUGUGUACCAUUAGCUGGGAUGUCUAACAAUUGUGCAAUCUGCAGCUAAAGUAAGUGCCGAAAAACUGUCACUUAGAAAUGAAUGGGAGGACUUAAUAGAUUGUAUGACUCUACACUAAUGUAGAGAGCCUGGGGGAAAACCACAGGAAAGCUGGGAAACUUGAGUUUUGAAUGCGUAAAAAGUUGCAUUAUUGACAACAGAGUGGAAUAAGAAAUGCGUUAUUAACAUUUGCGGUUUUCCUGUGUCUUAGGACAACAAUCAACCCCUGUUCACCAAGUUCUAGUAGAAGUUGCCUCCUAGUUGCGCAGUUUCAUGUAACAGUCAGCUCACUUGUGUGUCUGUGUGUGGUUUCUUAUAUAAUGUAGAUAGUAACGAACAGAAACUUAAAAUGGAGAUGUCCCAACUAUCUGAAAUCAUUUUCUCUGUAAAGGAAAUUAAUACCACUUGAUUUUUUUUUAAUAUGCUGAACACUGCACUGUAUGCUUAACUUUGAGAGGUGCGUUUGGCGUGAUAUUAUGAAGUACAGAUGGGUGCAUAUCAAAUCUGCAUUUUUGCACUUACAUACAAAACUAGGACUUGGUUUUGGAAAGCAAAAGCACCCACGUUACCCAGUGAAUUUCCAAAUAAAGCAGAAGAGGUAGGAAAUUGGCAAGGGCUAGAAUGGAGCUGGAGUCCUGUUUUGUUUGCUGGUGACGUUUCAUAGACAGAGUGCAGUUUUAUGGAAAAUUUCAUAGCAUAGCAACUCUUUGCACUAUGAUUUGGGGGCCUUUUUUCAAAAAUAGCCUACUUGAUGAAUGUUCAGUACAAAAUGCCAGUCAGAACUGAAAGCCACCUGCUCUGGUGCAUUAAAUUACUUUGGAUGUAGAAGUAUUUUGAAACCAGUAUGUACACUAGCACUGAGGUGUGAUUUCGGAAACAGCAGAAAUUGAGAAGAUAUACCUGCUAGUAUUUAAAAUCUAAAUGAAAAUCUGACUUAUUUAUCUACAGUUAAGGAAAAAUACAUGCAAUAUGUGCUUUAUCUGUCCAUAUUUGUUUUGAAAUGAUGCUAAUGGGGCUUAAUCCUCUACCAUGUUAUGCAAGUGUCCCUUUUUAUGUGAGUGGUUGCAUCACUUCAGUAAGGCUGUUCAGAGGAGAAAGGGCCAUUCGUGUGUGUGCAGUUUGGACACCUUGCAAAAAGUAGUUUUGUUAUGACUGUAUUUACAUGGUAUUUUAUACAAAGCUGACUAAAUCUCUGUAAAAUGUAUCACCUUUAAAAAGAAGUAUAUACAAAAUGUACUUAACAUCUCUAUUGCAAACUCUUUCUGAUUUUUAAUCAUGUAUGUGCUGUGAAAAGUAUUCUAUUUACUUAUUUCUUGGGGAAACAACUGUUCUAAAAAUGAAGGCAUUAACAACAGUAUUUCUUAUUCAUUGUUUAAACAUGUUAAAAUAGUAUUACUUAGUACUGCAUCAUGUAUUUCUAGUUUAAAGCUGUAAUGGACAGUACAUUAGCUUAAGACCUCAAAAAAUAUAUUUUAUUGUGCUUUCUGUAAUAAAAGCAAGGACUAGAUUUUUAAAAAAGGUCUCUCUGUACAGAUUACCUUUACAAUUGUGUGAAUAUGUAUAAUGAACUCUGCAUUUAUAACCAAGAAUAAACUUUCCUAAUUGUAAAUGUUCAGGUUGUUAUUAUAAAGAUACUUAAUAUCUUAACCAGACAAGAGUUCAAAUAAAGAUUAACAGCCAUUA